AUUCAAGCACUUCAGGAAGCCUAUGACGAUCUUUGCCAGAAAGAGGGGGUUACAGCCUUGCCUUAUUUUUUAAUCAAGUAUCAUGACAAUUUGGUUGAGAUAUCUCCACUGAAAAAGUGGGAUGUUUUCUUCCGAGACCAAGGAGGAAAGGUGACAGUUGGAGUUUAUGAUCCAUGUAAUUUAUCCCACUAUCCAGGAUGGCCACUGAGAAAUUUCCUGAUCCUGGCAGCCCACAGAUGGGGCAGCGUUCUCAAGUCAGUUGAAGUGCUCUGCUUCAGAGAUAGGACCAUGCAAGGGGUGAGAGACAUAACACACAGCAUUAUCUUUGAAAUAAAACUUCCAGAGAGAGCCCUUGGCCCAGAUUGUCCAAAAGCUGUUGGAUGGGAGAAAAACCAAAAGGGAGGAAUGGGUCCAAGGAUGGUGAAUCUCAGCGAAUGCAUGGAUCCAAAAAGGUUAGCAGAAUCAUCAGUGGAUCUGAAUUUGAAAUUGAUGUGCUGGAGGUUGGUGCCUACUCUUGAUUUGGAAAAAAUUGUGUCUGCCAAGUGUCUGCUGCUAGGAGCUGGUACACUAGGUUGUAGUGUUGCAAGGACCUUGAUGGGUUGGGGAGUCAGGAAAAUUACAUUUGUGGACAAUGCAAAGAUCUCCUACUCCAACCCGGUACGACAGCCAUUGUAUGAGUUUGAAGAUUGUCUUAGUGGGGGGAAGCCCAAGGCACUUGCAGCAGCAGACAGACUACAGAAAAUCUUCCCAGGAGUGGUUUCAGAAGGCUACAACAUGAGCAUCCCUAUGCCAGGCCACCCGGUGAAUUUUUCUGAAGUAACAAUGGCACAGGCUCGGAAGGAUGUGGCUAAACUUGAAGAACUUAUUGAUGCUCAUGAUGUUGUUUUCCUACUAAUGGACACUAGAGAGAGUCGAUGGCUUCCUGCUGUCAUUGCAGCCAGCAAGAGGAAGUUGGUCAUCAAUGCUGCAUUGGGAUUUGACACAUUUGUUGUUAUGAGACAUGGACUGAAGAAACCAAAACAGUCAGAAUCUGGUGAUUCAUGUUUCAACAAUGCCACUGGUUCUUCUGAUCUUUUGGGAUCAUCACUCUUCUCAAAUAUCCCUGGCUAUAAACUGGGUUGCUACUUCUGCAAUGAUGUUGUGGCACCAGGGGAUUCCACCAGGGAUCGGACACUGGACCAGCAGUGCACGGUCAGUCGGCCUGGGUUAGCCAUGGUAGCUGGAGCACUUGCAGUGGAGUUAAUGGUUUCUGUUUUGCAACAUCCAGAAGGUGGUUAUGCUGUGGCCAGCAGCAGUGAUGAUAGAAUGAAUGAGCCCCCUACUUCUCUUGGACUUGUUCCUCAUCAGAUCCGUGGGUUUUUAUCAAGGUUUGAUAAUGUUCUUCCAGUCAGCCUGGCGUUUGAUAAGUGCACAGCCUGUUCAACCAAAGUCCUUGACCAGUAUGAACGAGAAGGGUUUAAUUUCCUAGCUAAAGUUUUUAAUUCUUCACAUUCCUUCUUGGAAGACUUGACAGGUCUGACUUUAUUACACCAGGAGACACAGGCUGCUGAG